AUGCGGGCGGCGGCGGCGGGCACGGCUCUGCAAGGGCUCUUCGCCGUCUACAAGCCGCCGGGCGUGCACUGGAUGACGGUCACGGAGACGGUGAAGCUGCACCUGAUCAAGGGCUUAAACUCGUUAAAGCACCCAGAACCUUGUCAACAAAUAUGCUUUCAGCCCAGCGUGGCCGAAAAGGAGGAGAGCGGGAAGGAAUUAACCUUGACGGUUAGCCAGGUUCCUAUGCUGGCUGACCAUCCUUUAGUUUCGGGACCGGUUUUUACGCAGUUAAACGUUGGAGCAGGCCCUCGUCUGGACAUGCAAUCGUCCGGAGUGUUUGUACUCGGCGUGGGUCACGGCACCAAGCUGCUCAAAGAUUGGUACAAUGCACAUCUUACCAGGGCAUACACCGUUAGCGGCUUCUUUGGCAAAGCCACCGACAAUUUCUCGGACACCGGGAAGCUGAUUGAGAAGAGCACAUUUGAUCACGUAACACGGGAGAAGCUGGAGCGGAUUGUUUCGGUGAUCCAGGGAUCCAAUCACAAGGCUUUACUGCAGUGGGCUAACCUGGACUUGAAAACUCAAGAAGCCUACGAGUUGGCUGUCAAAGGCCUCAUUCGGCCCAUGGACAAUAGCCCGCCUUUGAUCACGGCUGUGCGAUGUCUCCGAUUUGAUCCACCUGAAUUCCAGCUGGAAAUUCACUGCUUGCACGAGACCCAACAGUAUCUCCGCAAGGUAGUUCACGAAAUAGGGUUGGAACUGAAGACUACGGCGGUGUGCACCCAAGUGAGGCGGUUUCGGGACGGCGUCCUUGUGCUGGAGGACGCGCUGCUGAGGACACAGUGGGACCUCCCUAACAUCCAGCGGGCAAUUUUGCAAGUCAAACAGAAAGUAGAUGCUGAACUCGAAAGCAGUCUUGGGCGCCUGAAGCCUGGGGUGGAGGGUGAAAGAGACCGAAUCUGACCCAGAUCCAGAAUUCAAUAGGAAAUUUGCUAGAAUUCUCGGAAUAUUGGGGGAAAGCCUGGUGAAACAUCCCGGGAAUUCCAAUUUUUAGCUUGGAUCAGAAAGUUCCAAGUUGGCAUGUUCCUUUCUAAACAACAUGCCAAGGAUAUUGCAAUUUGAAAGAG